AUGGAAGAUUUUGAAUGGCAUGACCCACUUCUUAUAACCGAUGUUUCUUUCCUACCACGGCAAGAUCUUACCCAUACUAACUCUCAAACUCACACUAAGUGCAUUUUACCCACGUUGUGUAGCUCAGUAGGUUCAAUCAUGGAGAAUUCAGUUGACCCCGGUCCAACGGAGAUUCAUGGCAGGUCUGUGGGGUUUUCAUUGGCAUCACCUGAUUUGGUAAUAUGCAUGCGUUCACCUGAUGUUCCUAGUCCAAGAUAUGAACUUUCACCUGAAUUUUUGAAGGGUGGUGAUAGAAUUGAUGUCUCUUUAGAAAAUGGAAUCAAGGGGUCUGAAAUGAAAGAAUCCCUUGAGAACCCAGCUGUAAAUGAAGAAGAUACUUGUACGGACUCUCCAUUCGAGCUUGUUACAUCACCAUUUGUGGAACAGAAUUCGAUCAAACGCUGCACUCAUGUUAUGAGCGUCAAUGUUGGAUCAACCGAUAGUAUUGUGUUCCAAGGUGCAGUACAGUUUUCUGAAGAUUCUUGUUUCAACGGAGGUGAUAUUAUGAGGACUAAUGAUCCCAUAACUGGGCAGGGAGAAGGCCUUAGUCUUUACCAUACUGCACGUUUUGGGAAUUUUUCAUAUCAUUUUGAGGUUCUAGAAUCUGGAACUUACACGAUUGAUCUGUACUUCGCCGAGAUUGUGUUUAGUGAUGGUCCUCCCGGAAUGAGAGUUUUUGAUGUUUUCUUACAGGACCAAAAGGUUGUAUCGUGCUUAGAUAUUUAUGCUCGUGUUGGCUCAAAUACACCGCUGGUGAUAUCUGAUCUUAAAACUUGCAUUAAUGGAGACGAAGGAUUGUUUAUUAGAUUUGAAGGAGUAAUUGGAAGCCCAAUAGUUUGUGGUAUUUCCAUUAGGAAAUUUGCUUCUGCAGAGGCUGGAGGGGUUGAAUUACUCAAAGGAAUGGGAUUGGCGUCCAUGCCACAAUGCAAGUCACCACAAGAUAUUGGUUAUGGUUCCAUGGAUGGAGAAUUUCAUAGGCUUCAAAUGGAGCAUGAAUCCCAGAAGAAGGAACUUGUAGAAACAAAAAUGGUUUUAGAGGAGGUUAAGAGAGAGAAUGAGCUCAAAAGCAGAGAAUGCCAAGAAGCUUUGAAGUCUUUGAACGAUCUUCGGAAUGAGCUUAUGCGCAAAUCAAUGCAUGUUGGAUCUCUGGCCUUUGCUAUUGAGGGCCAAGUGAAAGAAAAGAGCAAAUGGUUUUCAUCACUGAGGGACUUGACAAGAAAACUCAAGCUUCUGAAGAUGGAUCAUAUUGCGCUUUUAGAAGAUGCUACAUCUUUUAAGCAAUGCCUGGCAGAUAUGGAUGGUGUUAGCUCAAUCAUUCAGUCCAAAAUAAAUGAGCACACACAAUUAUAUGAUGAUGUUAAAAUUAAAUUCCUCGAAGGGGUCAAGGAGAGGAAAGAACUCUAUAAUAAGGUUCUCGAAUUGAAAGGAAAUAUUAGAGUAUUCUGUAGGUGUCGGCCUCUAAACCCUGAAGAGAUUGCUGCAGAAGCUUCGAUGGCAAUUGACUUUUCAUCGGAAAAUGAUGGUGAACUCGCUGUUAAAUCAAAUGGAAUAUCCAAGAAAAUCUUUAAGUUUGACGCGGUCUUCAGCCCCCAAGCAGACCAGGCCGAUGUUUUUGAGGAUACAGCCCCAUUUGCAACUUCAGUUUUAGAUGGAUACAAUGUUUGCAUAUUUGCUUAUGGUCAGACAGGAACGGGGAAAACUUUUACAAUGGAGGGAACACAUGAUAACCGUGGGGUUAACUAUAGAACCCUUGAGGAGCUAUUUCACAUCGUUGAGGACCGAAAGAAAACAUUUCGAUAUGAAAUAUCUGUGAGUGUCUUGGAGGUUUAUAAUGAGCAGAUACGAGAUUUACUAGUUUCAGGGUCCCAGCCUGGAGUUACUUCGAAGAGGCUUGAGAUAAAACAGGUAGUUGAAGGUGGACAUCACGUUCCUGGAAUUGUUGAAGCUCGUGUGACCAAUGUGAAUGAAGUAUGGGAAGUCCUUCAGACUGGUAGCAAUGGAAGGGCAGUUGGAUCAACAAAUGCCAAUGAGCACAGUAGCAGAUCGCAUUGCAUGCACUGUGUAAUGGUGAAGGGAGAGAAUCUAAUUAAUGGAGAAUGCACAAGAAGCAAACUAUGGCUGGUUGACCUAGCAGGAAGUGAGAGAAUAGCUAAGACCGAAGUGCAGGGUGAAAGGCUAAAAGAAACCCAGAAUAUCAAUAGAUCACUAUCUGCACUUGGAGACGUGAUAUCUGCACUUGCUACUAAGAGCCCACACGUUCCAUUCAGGAACUCCAAGCUCACUCACUUGCUUCAAGACUCUCUAGGAGGAGAUUCAAAGACGUUGAUGUUUGUGCAGAUCAGUCCUAAUGAGAAUGAUGUGACCGAGACUCUUUGCUCGUUAAAUUUUGCGAGUAGAGUUAGAGGAAUAGAGUUAGGUCCUGCAAAGAAGCAAAUGGACAGCACUGAGCUCUUCAAGUACAAACAGAUGGUUGAAAAACUUAAACAAGAUUUGAAGAGUAAGGAUUUUCAAGUUAAGAAGAUUGAGGAUAUUAACCAUGGUCUUGAGGUAAAGAUAAAGGAGAAAGAAGCAAAAAAUAGAAACUUGCAAGACAAGAUCAAAGAAUUGGAAACACAAAUUGUGGUAGAGAGAAAGCUAGCACAGCAGCAUAUGGACUCUAGAAUAGCCGAACAGCAACAUCAAGAAACGAGACAGCAGCAAGAAGAGGAUUAUCAUGAGCCUGUGAGAGCACCAUUUGCAACUAAAGUGAUUUGUGUUCAUAAAGAUCAAGUGAGUGUCCCUCGUCCAUUUGCUGAGAACAACAAAUUUUCAAUGCGCUCCAAUCUUACAGACGGACUUGCUAAGCUCAGUGAUUCAUUAGAGAAAGAAAAUAAUCCUGAGAUGGCUGAACGUUUACCAUUGCCAAAGCGUACAGGCAGAGCUUCUCUUUGUACAACUGCACAGAUGAUUUCUGCUGCACCAACCCAACGACGCAACUCUUUAAUUCCAUUACCCAGUUUACCUGGUGUAGCCAAGCCUCUUCCAUUCCUCCCCUUGACACCAAUCCCAGCAGAUACGAGAGAAGAGGUCCAGGAAGUUGAAGUUACUUGUUUGCCUAAACAGGCGCCUUGCAAGAGUCCUAAAGAUACUAGAAUUGGAAGUAAGAAGCUGUGUAGCAUAUUGAGACGAAGCCUUCACAAGAAAAUCCAAAUAAAGUCUCCAAUGCAGCCACACGUGCGAAGAAUUGGAGUAAAUGUCGGAAUGGAGAAGGUCAGAGUUUCCAUUGGAAGCCGAGGGAAAAUGGGGUAUAGAGCAUUGCCAGGCAAUGCUAGAAGAGCAGUAACAAAGGAUACUCAGCAAAAGCAAAGCACCAGAGAAAAAGAAAGAGGAUGGAACAUUGGAACAACAACACGAUGA